UCUACGAUUCUUUUGAGGACGUGGCGUGAGAAGAAGACUCGAAAAUAGCGAUAGUUUUGGCCUCUGAGAGGCCAGAUUCGAGGUAAAAUUGUAAUUGGCAGUCAAAAUGGUAAGUUCAUUUAUUCUUCUCUUUGCCCAUGCUUUUUUAUUGCCUCAAAAAUGGUGCUUUAUUUUGUUUAAGUUGGUCUCAAAAAAAUAGGAUGUAGUAUGAGACCGUCUUUCACUGACCACAUUUCUCACAUGUCAGAAAGAUCAGUUCUAUUUUGUUGAAAAUAUAUCGUUGUUUUUAUAUUCCCGAAGCUUUAUUAUUUAUGUUUUAAAGCAAAACCUCUAUAUUGAACAUUUCAAUUGGUGAGUCAACUCUGAAAUGCAUGCAGAGAUCACCGAGUAGUCAAUGACCAAAUUAAUGUUUUACGUUGGAAUAAGAAAAAUAAGCUUAUAUAACGUCUGUACCACGGAGAGAAAAGUUCUGAUUUUAUUUGCACAAAAAUUAUUCUCAUUAUCAGGUUCUCCUAGCUGCAGCAAUAUGCACCAAAACUGGAAAAGGUUUGUUGAAUUCUUAGUCUAUUAACUAUAUUGAAAAAUUAUAUAACUUUUCAUUGAAAAUGUUUUGACUGUUAACCUUGGAUAGUUAUGUUGGUCUUUUUAGAUUAUUUUCGAAAUAACUGUUUAUAUUUAUGUACUGGAUUUGCUCUGAUAAUUGAUAAUAAUUAUUGUAAUACGGUAGAACCUCAGUGCUGUCAACUCUCCCGCAUAAUCUGGGAGACCCAGGUUCUCAACCAUAUCUCCCGGUCUCCAGAUUAGAGUAAAAAAUCUCCCGGAUAAUUGCCACAGUUUGCCAUUUCUUGUUGACUCGACUUUCCGACCCUAAAAUUUUAAUUUUUUGCGUGGUUUGAAGUAAUUUUUCUGUUAACAUGGGAUGUUCCUCAUAAACUCUGGCAUGCCAUUGUAGUUUAAGCAAUAAUGUUGCUUAAUAUGAACUGUUUUCUGGGGCAUAUACAUUGAGCAGAGUCAAGAAGUAUUUUUUGCUCAAAUGACAUGCGAUAUGACGUCAUUCAUCAUCCCUUCCCUAUCAAUUCUCAAUAUUUGAGGACAUGGGGGAUUGACAGCCCUGGAACCUCGAUAGCUUGAACUCGGAUAACUCAAAUUUCCCAUUAACUCGAACUAAAUUUCCUUUCCUUGAUCAAAAUUUCACUGAAAUUUACCCCGAUAACUUGAAUUCUCUGCUAACUCGAACUGUUUUUCGUUUCCCUUCAGCGUUCGAGUUACCGGGAUUCUACUGUAGUGAUAAUAAUAACAAUAUUGAUGAUGAUGAUGAUGUCUAUUACAAGUGUAACAAAAAAUGGCGACCUAGUUGUAGCACAUCAAUUCCUCUUCUAUCUUUCCUGAUUAAAUUAGACUCUUAGAAAUUUUGGUUUUUGUGGAAAGGAAAAACAAGAGUAUUAUUUUUUUUAGCAAAAGCAAAAACAACAAGCAAACUGAACCCACAUAUAGUGUGUAUGUUGUCACUUCUGAAUUUAAAGCUCAGCCCAGUAUGGUAAGAGGCUAAAAAAGCUGGCUGCCAGCUGCCAAUGACAGCCCUGAAAUUAUGCAUUCUUGUGUUGCACAUUGGUCUUUCACCAAAAUUAUUACAGUACCAUACAUACGACUUAUUGACAGACCUAAGCGAAACUGAUGACAACAGAAUGACUGAUACCUGUCAAUUUGACUAACAUUAAAUGACUGUUCAACUGUUACAAAAAGACGGACCAAAACGCACCCAUAACAUUUGAGAGUCUUCAUAGCCAAUAACAUCAUGGCUUGACUGACAGAUGACUAAUAAUAUCGUGACUUAAUUGACCAAUUAGGUCAAUAACCAGAGUUUAAUACCAUCAACUGAUGUGCUACAACUCACUUUGAUUCUGAAGAUGACUACCGCACGGGUUGUUGAAAUGUCAGUCACUGUCAACAACAGUCCUAUUCAGGACUAUGUUCACCCAGACAAUCAUACUCAACCUUCUUACUGAUCUUUCUGUUCCACAGCCAUUGUAUCACGCCAGUUUGUAGAAAUGACGCGGUCACGAAUAGAGGGUCUUCUAGCCGCAUUUCCGAAAUUAAUGAACACUGGUAAACAGCACACAUUUGUGGAGACAGAAAGUGUGCGAUAUGUUUAUCAACCUCUCGAGAAACUUUACAUGCUGCUCAUUACGACAAAAGCCAGUAAUAUUUUGGAGGAUUUGGAAACACUGAGAUUAUUUUCCAGAGUGGUAAGAGACGGGUGCUUUUUUUAUUAUUUAUUACUUUAACCCUUUAAGCCCCAAGACUGACCAGCAUCAAAUUUCUCCUUGUAAACACAAUGCUCUGUAAAACAGAGUGGACAUGAGAAUUACAGACAUGAUCACACAAGAUGAAAUUUGUACAUGUAGAUAUCUUAUCAACUUCUCUCCACUACUUCUGAAGAAAAUGAAUAGGGGCAACAAAUGAGAAUUCAAAUGUUGAUCUUAGGGUAUAAAGGGUUAAACUACAAUGUCAUUGUCAUAUGGAUAGAAAAGUUGACAAGAAUUAUUGAGGACUGAAAAGCAUCACUUUCUUCCCAUGUUGUUGUUCCCAUCUUGAUCAAUAUUUUGAGCUGUUUCACUUGUUUUUCAUUUUUGGGGUUGUCAUGUCUACAAGGCUAUUUGAAAUCCAUUAAUUGGUGGUAAAUGUGAUUGUGAUUAUUUCUGGUACAUAUCCUUAAAGGCUUUAUCUUCUAGUUCCAUGAAGGUUUUUAUUAUUCUGGAGAUAAAAGUGUUUGUAGUUCAAUUUUAUUCCUUGUUUUUAUAAAUGCUUGUGCACAAUAAUUAGUUAUCAUUGUUAGUUUGGUUAUUAUUUUAGUAGAUCAAUUGAAAGCAAUCAAAAAAUGAACUACAACAUAUCACACAUUAAUUCUUUAUCAAUGUUCUAGUUUAUAACUUUAUGUACAAGUAGAAUUUUCUGCUCUAAAAUGCAGCUCAUUGGCUUGUUUUUUGGGGGGGAUACAUGUGCAUAUGUUUGCCUUGACCGGCUGAGCUUGCAAAAGAGGCAAGAAAUAAAGUUCCUCACACUGAAUGGAACCUGGGCACAAGUUACAAUUGAGGGUAUCGGUUUUCACACUAAUCGUGUGAUUCAGUUUUGUUUCUUGCCAAAGAGUACAAAAGUGUUUUAACACCUGCCCUUUGCCAGUUAAAAAAAAAAAGUGAGUUAGGUUGAAUACACAGGGUCCGAAAUUGCGCCUUCCUGGUCGCCAAUGCGACUAAAAAUUUAGUCCUGGCGACCAGAAUUUCAUAGCUGGUCGCCAGCUAGCGACUUGUAAAGCUGGUUGUUAUUGUGGACUUUAACGUUCGGAGAAACUGAUUAAGAAUUGAAACCUCGAAGCUAUUUGCCAACAGGUGUCUUCCUUUUUGUCCUGCUGAUAUUUUUUAAUUAAAAGUGAAACGAAUCUUCCUGUAAUGAUACCUCCACAACAGCUACGAUCAAUACGAGUUGAACGUUUCCAAGGCGCCAUGUUGUUUUCAGCGUACGUUAUGUACUUUGUGGACUGGUACAAGUAAUGUGGCACAGUUGUGGCCUGGUACGAGCAACAUGGCGACUUGUCGCGUUUUUAUGUUUCGUGUUUCGUGGUAGUUAUCGGAAGAAAAUAGAGUUUUGAUAUGAUCAGUGCAGUCAUGGGCAGACAGCUUUCUGUUCCUAUGUUCUAGGUCAGAUAGCUUUAUAUCUCCAAAAAGUAAUUUGUGGAAAAAAUAAGACUUCACUCGUACACGUAUGGUUUUUAUUCGUGUUUAAAAUUUUAUUUGAAAAAAAGGGAGGGGGGAAUUUUUGGCGACCACAAUUUGCCCUCUGGUGACCAAAAAUUUAUACUUGAUCGCCAGUUGGCGCCUGUAUUAAAAAGUUAAUUUCAGACCCUGAUAAGGUGCACUAAGUUCAGGAUGGUUUUUGUAUUUUUCCUUGUUUGUUGUAAAUAUUUUGGUGAUGGUUGUGAUUAACCCUGUAAGUCCCAUUAUAUCCACGUACAAAUUCUCCAAACUGAUCUUUAUAUAUUUCCUUAAAGAAUGAGUUGAGAGAAUUUGAUAAAAGAUCAAAGCAAAGCAGUAGGUGUUCAUUUUGUAAAUUCUCAUAACCAAAUCUCUUGACGAUGUAUGGAUAUUGUAAAGAGAAAAUUGAUCUUGGUCGCUAUUGGGACUUGACGGGUUAAAGUGCUGUUGCAUUGUUGUGUGACAGACAAAAUGGUAUUCAGUGCGUGAGAAUUGUAGUUCAUUGAAUUUUGAAGGAAAUGAAUCGUUACCAAUGUACAUCUUGCUACAAUUUCUUUUCACAGAUUCCUGAAUAUUGCAAAGUGAUGGAAGAGUCUGAAGUUGUAGAGAAUGCCUUUUCUCUAAUCUUUGCCUUUGAUGAAAUUGUCGCCCUGGGAUAUCGUGAAAAUGUCAAUCUUGCACAAAUCAGAACGUUCACAGAAAUGGACAGUCAUGAGGAAAAGGUGUUCCGUGCUGUGCGGCAGGCAAGUGUUAACUUUAAUUUGAUAAAAAUUAAAUUGCAACGUAAUAUAAAUAAUGGUAAUUGAACUGAGUGGAGUGCAAUUUGGUCUGAAAUCAUACGCGUGAUUUCAAAAUCGAAUGAGCGCGCAGCGCGAGUUCGAUUUGAAAUCACAAGUAUGAUUUCAGACCUAAAUUGCACGACACGAAGUUCAAUUACCACUUUAUUACAUCCAUUUUGAAAUCGCAGAAUUUUGUCAGUACUAAUACUUUAUUGAUUGAGUAGCCGGUUUGUUAAAAAACCGAGACAAAAAGGCUUUUACAUCUCAUUUUGUAUUCGAAACAAAAAUGAUGCGAUAUAGAACAAAAAUGGUGCGAUUUAAAGCAGAAAUGAUGCGUUUUAGAACAUGAAUGACGCGAUUUGGAACAGAUGCGAUUUAGAGCAAAAAAUGGUGCGAUUUAGGAAUAAAUCACACUGCUGAGAGCCAAUCAGAUUGCACGGAUAGCCAGUGAUUUCAAAGUGGAUGUAAUAAACAGUGAAAUCAUCAUUAUAUGCAGUGCUUCUCAAGAGGAUAGUGACACUCACUGCUUCAAAAAAUUGCUAGAAAUCAAACAUGCAUUUGUGUCAAUUGUCAAUGACUGAUUCUUAAUUCAUGGUACUCAAUUUACACUUGUAGGAAUCAAGUAUUUAGUUGUAUUGAAUCAAGACUCUUGCAGACUUUGAGUUCUUAUUUUAUCAGAAUUGUACAACCUUUAUAUAUGGUACACAUAAUUUUAAGCAAAAGCUGCUGCUCUGUUCAAUCUUUCCAAGUUUCAUGGCUUAGACUGACUUCCUUGGAUUCAACAUUAUUUUUUAUAUUGGGUUAUUCCAGAAAAAAUCCACACCCCCCCAACGGAUGGGGUCCUUUUUUAACCCCCCCUCUCACCUGGAUUUCCUGAAGCACAAGACUCCCCCUCCCAACUGGAUUUCCAAGGUGGAAGACCCCCCCUCCCGCCUGGAUUUCCGGAAAAAAUAAAAGGCUUAAAUUUAAUUUAUUUUUAAUGGAAAAUACACGCAAACACGCCUAAAUGUUUUUGUUUUAAUUUCUAAAGCUUCAGCUUAUAUUAAACUAAGAAUUCUAUCGCGUGGAACUAAAAAACGAAAGGAGCAAAAACAAAAAUGCUAACAACACCUGAACGAGUGUUUACAUAAUUUCUUAGCUUAUAAAAAUCACUCUCCGCUCUUCGCGCGCGGGCUCUGGGUACGAGUAGAAAUGUGUCAGGCGUUUGACGCUCUUCGUGACAACAACGUUGCGACGAGUUCCUUCAGGCCCGUUCUUUAGUAUCUUGUUUGCGUUUUCUGCUAUAAAAGGACCUUUAAAGCAACUUAGAUUAUCAUUUAUGUCAGGUGAGAAAUAUAUGAAGAAAAACAUUUUGACUAUUUUCAGGGUCUGAAAGCGCUUAAGUGUCAUCGAACUAAACGUUUGAUUUGUAUCAACUAUUGGUCGAAAUGACCCCUGCAGAAGGCUUUUUUAAGGUCAACCCCCGCUCCCGCCUGGAUUUCCGGAGUCUUCGACCCCCCCCCCCCUCCCGCGAGAAUUUCCAGAAUCCCAUCCGUCGGGGGGGUGUGGAUUUUUUCUGGAACAACCCAUUAUGUCAAAAAUGCCUUCUUAGUUUAUUUGUUGUGUCGAGCAUUCUUUAAUUCUUGCGAGGCAUGUGUGACAUUAUUUUGUACUGUUACCAUAGACGCAAGAGCGUGAGGCUAAGGAAGAGAUGAAAAAGAAAGCAAAGGAGCUGCAAGCAGCAAGAACAGCUGCAUCAAAAGGCAAAGGAGGUCGUCCACACAUGCCAGGGUUUGGAGGGUUUGGUGGCGGAGGACGUGACUCAAGUGUACCAAUGGUUAAUGACAUUCCUAUCAUGGAUCCCACUCCACCCAAGCCGACACAUCCAACUAGGUAGGUUUCAUUACACUCGUGUGGCGAACACUCCCCUUACAGCAGGGCAAGAAAGUUUCUUUUGUCCAGGAGUUACUUUGCCACCAUAUUUCAUAGGCCACUUCCAAAACCUUUUCAAUACAUAUAAAAAAUGGUUCUACUAUUUUUAAGGGUUACCGUAGGUAAUGGUAGCUCCUCUCUUGAAAAUUCACAUUAAUUUUAGUUUUUUGUGUUGAUAGCAAAGAGAUUAGAAUGUUUUAACAUUAGCAAUGACAAAGUGUAAUUGUAUCAAGCAAUAACAAAAUUAAUGAGGAAUAUCCUUCCUCAAGUUUUUUUGAUGAUAAAAUACCCGUCCUUGUGUCGAAAAUGGCAGAUAGCAAAUGCAAUAAAUAGCAUUUUAAAGAGUCACCUUUGUCAUUUGAUGUUUGCCAUUAACUUCACAUUAUUGGUCUCUAUAAUGUUGUGUGGUAAAACAUUCUAGAACUGCUGGCAGUGGAAAGGCUAUGAAACUAGGAAGCAAAGCAAAGGAUGUGGACUCUUUCGUCGAUAAGCUGAGAUCAGAGGGCACAGGUGAGAACGACUGCGCAAAAGCAUAGUAAUGAAGGAUUGCAAUGUUACAAUACUAAAAGUACAUUAAUUUAUCAGACAGGUGAAAAGAGCAGCUGUCACAUUGUUUUUUCUUCAUUGCCUCUCUCCAUCCAGGUGUUUAACAUUUCAAAACAGUUCUUUUAAGAAUCUGUUGAAAUGAUAAUGUUGAAAUGAUAUUUUUUUUCCUAUAAAAUCUAGUAAAGCCUCAUACAUUCAUAUGCCAAAGAAGACAGAAUUAAUAGUUUUGUUGCAUAUUAGUUGCUCAUAUCAGGAUAAUUUUCCACUUUGCAAUUACAUGUAAGUAGUAAUAAUUACCUAAAUGUAUUUGAUUGGUCUGUUUUUUAGAAGUUGUAAGUUCCAAGACAAAAUUAACCUCAGUUGGAAAGACAACAACGGCACCCUCAGUACAAGCUGGAAGGUAUGAAGGCUUUCAUCCAUGUCGCAGUUUUAUACAGUAGUUUAAGCAUAUUUUAAAAGAUGCUCCAUGCCUGAAUGAAAAAUAUUCAAAGGCUACCAAACAUUAGUUGGAGAAUACUUAGUAGUAAACAGAGAGUUCACUGAUCUCCAAUGCCUAAUGAACACCCUGUCUCUAUGAAGGGACCCAUCACCAUCACCCCUACUGCUUGACCAUACCUCUCUGUUUUAUAUUAUGAAAGACUGGGGUGGGGUCCAAAGGCUAAAUGAAGCCCAGUGGACAUCAUGAAACGCUGUUUCAAUAGGGUUCAUAAAGAGCCUUGAAUUCUCGAAACAGUCAUGAAAUUUGUCCAGCAGUUUUCAAGACCUGAAAAAAGUCUAGAAAAUGGAAAUAAAGUGUGGAAAAAUGGUAAAAAGUCUUGAGUUUUUUCGCCAGUACUUUUGCUGCAGUGCAUCAUGAAGAAAAGCUUUGUCCCUUUAUUGAUCACCUAUUCGAUACAGUGUAACUUUGAGUCCGGAAAAAGAAAUUAUUGUUGUGGAAAAAAGUCUGGAAAAAGUCUUGAAUUUUGAAUCUGAAAAUCUGUACGAACCCGGUAUCAAUGCAAACAAGGCCGGCAGGGCCUGCGCCACAGCACUGAUCACUUAAUUUCAUCAUGGGAUGGUUCUCUUUGUUGUAAACUACAUUAAACUUCAUGUAACUGCAUUUAAUUUAUUUUUUUGUCAUUCUAGUGUUCAUGUUAAGGUUGAUGAGAAAAUAACACUGAUAGCAGGAAGGGAUGGAGGGCUACAGAACAUGGAAGUUCGAGGCCUGGUUCUUCUUAGAAUAGCAGAUGCACAAUUUGGAAAAAUACGUCUUAGUGUAGAAAAUAAUGACGACAGGGGAUUUCAAAUGCAGGUAAGCAAACUGGAGAUUAUAAAUCCAACUUAAUAAAUGUCUUGGGUGUUGUUACUAUUGUAUAUUGCACUUCUUUUCCCAUAUUUAUGAUGGGGUAGACUGAUUAAUUAUUGUUUAGUUAAUCUGAAUUUUAAUUGAAUAAAUCCAGCAACAUUUAGCAAAAUAAAUGUUGUAUAUGUUAAUAUACAACAUUUAUGUAUGUAACUGUAAAUUCAGAUUAAAAUUUUCUCAACCUAUUGUAGGUUGUUUGUCAUUGACUUUUAUUUUGUCUCCUGGCCCUAAUUAUUCAGCAAUGGUGCUACAUGUAGGAGAAAAGGAAGCUGAGAAUCAACCCAAGUUCAAAAAACUGUAUUUAAUUUUGACCUGUAACAUAAACACUCUCUCUCUCUCUAGGGUUAGAUGGAGACCAGUGGUCUAUUUAAGGAAUAUUAAUUUAGUUGAAUACCAUCAGUAUCGUAUCGGUCUGUCUAUGUACUCUACUUUAUGACUGGAAUUUUUGAAUGUUCAUUCUUUAGACACACCCAAACAUAGACAAGAAGUUGUUCAGUCAAGAAUCGGUCAUAGGACUCAAACAGCCAAAUAAACCUUUUCCACUUAAUUCUGAUAUUGGUGUGCUGAAGUGGAGGUUGCAGAGUACAGAUGAAGCACUAAUGCCUUUAUCAAGUGAGUGACUUAAGAAAGACAUCUCAUUUUUGUCAUUUCUUGUGACCUAAGUUGUUGUAAAUAAAGUCAAACCUCCACUUACUUCCAGCCUUCUACAAUGGCCACUUUUUUGGCGGUCACCCUAUACAUUGACUCUUUUUUCAACCUCUCUACAAAGGCCAUUUUCUUCUGUCCCCAAGGUGGCUGUUUAGGAGGGGUUCAACUGUAUUUUAGAAAUACCCUUGGGGCCCAUUUCAUGGAAGUCCUGGUAACUUAACCUGUUGAACCCUAAGAUCAAAAUUUGAAUUCUCAUUUGUUGCCCCUAUUCAUUUCCUACAGAAGAAGUGGGGAGAAGUUGAUAAAAUAUCAAGAAAAUUCAUCUUGUAUGAUUAUUUCCGUAAUUCUCAUGACCACUCUGUUUUACAAGGCAUUGAUAUUACAAGGAGAAAUUUAAUGCUGAUCACUCUCAGGGCUUAAGGGUUAAUAGGCCAAAUCACAUUUUUAAAUCAAAUAUCAAUUUAGGUUUCAGGGAAACUGCCCACUUACCCCUCCCCCAAGCAAACAUUUUCCUUAAGUGAGAAUUAAGUGUUACUGUUAGCUUAGGGGAGGGGUAGGUGGGCAGUUUCCCAGAAACCUAAAAAUGUAAAGAAAAAAGAGUGGAUCUUACAUGUAGCUAACAAACUAGUCCAUCUUGUUUUGUUAUCUGAUAGAUUUACUGUGUCAUAUUUUCAUUAUUAAAGUGGAAUUCCAGGGUUGGCUUUUCUUUAUAUAGAGUAUUUUUAUUCAGGGUUUUCAUUUAUUUUCUUCUAGUUAACUGCUGGCCUUCGGAAAAUGAUGGACAGUGUGAUGUAAACAUAGAAUAUGAACUUCUUCAAGAAAAUCUGCAGCUCAAUGAUGUUGUCAUUUCAAUUCCUGUCCCGUGAGUAGCACUCAUUAAUACAUCAACAAAACUCUCUCUGCAUGAGAGGCAACAUUAUGACAAGAAAUUACUGUCUUGAGCAGGUGCCCAACCAUCAUGAUAGUUCAUUGUAUGUGAUGACAGUUUGAACUUUUAUCUACUACCAUUAAAUUUAUUAUCAUCUUCCUGAAUGAUGAUCAUUAUAGAGCUUGAUAGUUAAUGCUCUAGUCCCCAAACUCCAGGCAUGUGAAAUACCAAUCAAAUGACUGUUGUAAUACUAUAUAGGGUUGUAUCAGAGGCUUAAACUCUGCUUGAUCACGGCUCUUUCCCCAAAAACCGCAUGGUUAUGGUUAGUUGACUUACUGCAUAACAAGAAACAUACUCAGUAGAGGGGACAGACAAGCAAGUUACUGAUGCUUUUUUUACAUUUUGCAUGCGAAAGUUCAUGCAAAAUGCUGAGCCCAUUAACAAUAACAAAGUCAGACAAGAAACCACUGACUGACAAACUAUCAUCAAGCAUCUCAAGGAUACCAAACAGGAAAAACCUAUUAUAGAAACGUGUGAUAGUUGGGAUGAUAGUUGAAACUUUCAUAGACUAUUAUGAACUAUUAUGGCUUGUUUGGCCUAGGCUCUAAAGAGAUGUAUGACUUAUAGGUGAACCAAUGAAAACUGACGGACUCUAGGUGUCUGUUUUAGAAAGGUGUCCCCUCAGUGUCCUUGUCAAUUUUAUUGUUAACUUAAUGUUAGGCAACUAUUUAACAACCAUUCUGGAAGAGAAUGUGUUUAAGAGAGAGGAGGAACUAUUACAAAGAGGAAGACAUCUGCUGUGAGAAAAUGGUUUUGCAGUGGAAGUUAUUUACCCAUACCCUCAGUAAUAAGGCAAAUCAGUAUUUUAAUUGCUUGAUUUGUAAAAGUAUGAGGAAGAGUAAUGGAGUUCAGCUAACCCGGGUCAUUAUUUAAACCAUGAGUGAUCAUCUUACAUGUAUGUUUGAACUCAUAUGUAUUGGUAAACAUUGACACACCAAUAAUGUAAACACAAGAACAAAAUUCACCUCCAGGAAAAUAAUUAUGCAUUUGAUUUAUCAAGCAAGUUGCAAUGAUCUUGAUGAAAUUUUGAAUCAUAAAGAAUUAAAUUUGCAAAAUUAUGGGAUCUUUCGGGGUACUUUGAAAGAACAACACCCAAAAGUUCUACUUGCCAAAAAUUAGCAUUCCAAGGCAAAUUGUGUUUGAGAUAUUAGCCCAGUUAAGCUCUGAUGACUCCAUACAAAUCCCUCUAAAUUUGAAAUAACUUUAGGCACUGAGUCAGAGGAUUAGUAUGGAGUCAUCAGAGCAAAGUGGGACAAGUAUCUCGGAGACAAUUUGCCCCACAAUGCUACAAUUAGGGACAAAAGUAGUUGACACACUUGUUUGAAAUGGGUGCUUUUAUCAAACAUUUAAUUCAGUUAUUAUUUCAUUCCUUUUAAAUGCCAUAGUUCCCUCACCCCCCUCCCCCCCCCCCGUAAAUCAAUGUUGUCUGAAGUAAAAGAAAGACUUGAGGGUCCUAAAUACAACAUCAAUUUUGGGGGAACGGGGUUGGGGUAGACAGGGAAAGGGGAUAGGUGCGUCCACUACGCAAAAAGGGGCCAUUUUACAGAAGUGCCUCAAGACUUUUGUCCCUCAUUGUAGCUUUUAGCAAGUAGGCCUUUUAGUUGUUAUUUAAUUUUAUGACAUCAUCACUUUAGAAGUCUAUUGCCAAAGUUAUUGAUAAGGCUCCCUGUUCAAAUCAAAAAAACUUCUUUGCGUUGAUGUAUCAUGACAAACAUUUGUAGUUUCUUGGUGUUGUGGAUGUGUGCAGUCACCAAAGGACGUACGUACAGGGUGUUCAUUUGGCAUUGGUGAUUCAAGAAUUCUCCAUUUUCUAGGCAGAAUUCUCAGGCUAACGUGCAAUAACCUAUGACUCUUUUCUAUUCAGACAUGGAGCCUCUUUCAAAAUAUUCUCCUGUAAGGUUUCACUUUUCUCCUUCUACUAGAAUUGCUCGUGAAAACCCUCGCUCAUUGAAGACAUUGAAUGAUACUAACACUAUAAAGCAAUAGCUAACCUAACCUAGUCUCUGAAACAACAAAAAACUUAACAUUUUUUUCGCAAGUCAGGUUAGUAUUAAGCAGAUUUAACAAAAAUCAUGGUGACGACAGUGACAAUGGCGUGCACAGAUCUAAAGACCUUAUUUACGAAUGGCAGAGUGUCAAAUUGAGCACCAGAAAGUUGUUUUCACUCACUGAAAAAUUGAUUGUCUUUGCUCGAUCUGCCUAAUAUUAUUCACUGCGGCAUUGUUUAGUGAUUUAGUUGUAACUACUAUUUAUUGUCCAAUGGUAGGCAUGGUGUUGGUGGACCAGUUGUGGGAGAAGUUGAUGGUGAAUAUCACUAUGAUCAUAAGCAUUCUAUUCUUGAGUGGCAGCUGCCUGUCAUUGAUUCAUCCAAUAAAAGUGGAAGCAUGGAGUUUAGCAUCUCAGGACAUCCAGGAGACUUCUUCCCCGUCUCAGUGUCCUUCGCAUCAACAAAAUCAUACUGCGACCUCAAGGUUUGUUAUCUUAUGGUUUUGUUCUUUCACUUCCAAGUUCCUACAUUUAUGGAGACUGGAAAAGUAGUUCUAACUUUUAAUGCUGUGGAUGAAAUUAUAAGCAACACUUUCCUGUAGUGAGGCCUUCACGGGGGGAGGGUACAUAUAUCCCUAGUCUGUAUUUCAAAAACAGUUGUUUUGCAUUUUGAGGAGUAGGCCAUGUCCAUGUUGGUAUUUAACCCAUCUUCGGGGGUUUCAAUAAAAAUUGAAGUAGCCAGCAGGUUUGAAUAGAGUGACCGACUGUGUAUCAACAAGGGACCAAUAGUCCUCUUUUUCUAGGGAGGGGGGGGAGAGGAGGUCUGGGCACGUUCUUCCCCGGAAAAUUUUGAAAUUUCAAAUCCCUAAAAUGCGAUUUUCAGGGUUCUGGGUCUUGAGGCCAAAAGAACGUGUUUUUCUUUCAAGAAAAUGCAGCUUUCAAUUUAUCGGUCACAGUCAAUUCCUACAAGCAAUGAGCAGAUGAUGGAAACUAAAUUACGUACUUUUGCAUUUAAACAACUUCUGCAUAAAGAAACGUUCAAAAAACGACUGAAAUAUAGCGUUCAUAUGACUAAACCAUUACGGAAAACCAGUGGGCCUUUAUGAAAACACAUCAUGAUUCCUUUUUCAUUCAGAUCUUAUGAUACAUUUUUUUUAUUCAAACCAGUUGCUUCUUCUUUGUAGAAAAAAGUAGCCAACCUAUUUCGUCAGCUGUCAGUGCUCAUUGGAACCCCUGCAUCUUUAUGUCAUUUCACUCCAUUUUAUCUUGUCUUUGUCGCUGUUUUAAGGCCAUUUUGCUUGUUAGAUUUUAACCCUAAUAAUAUGGACUCAAUGGUAGUAUAAAUUAUGGUUUUAACUUUCAAGUCAGGGGGUGAAAUCCUAAAGUGUGAUCAUUUAGAUGAAAGCUGCUGAGCAAUACUUUACUGUGCUACUGUUUGAAAUGGUAGUCAGUGUGACUCUAAUUUUUAUUUUUGAGUCUGUACAAAGACAUUCCAGAAGUGUUCCUGGUACAUUCACAGACUUUUUUUAGUUUUGCACUAAAAGUAAAUAAUGAAUAGCUGAUUUAAUAACACCUUCCUCUGUUUGCAGAUUGCAGAAAUCACUUCAGUAGAUGAAGAAAAGCCAGUUAGAUUCACACAAGAAGUUGGUUUCUCGGUAGAAAAAUAUGAAAUUGUGUAAAACUUAUGUUACUCUUCCUAAAUAGUCUUAACUUAUGCCUUAUGACUGAUCAUUCACAAUCAUGAAGAAGAACUAUCAGCAGUUAACAAGUUUGAAUUUUGGUGAAUGUGAAGAGGGAAUUGGCUUUGGUUACCAUGGAAACAAAUGCAUGGAUUACCUUGCAGGGGAGGGGAAGAUAAAGCCAAGGGCAGAGAACAUUUCUCUCUUGAGCAGUCAAAUGCAAUUUGUGAAUAAAAUGUUUAAACCGUAAAUCCUUAUCAAGGAGCAAACUGCAAAUAGUUAACAAGAGCUAUUGAUUUGAUUACCCUCAAUAAAGUAAGAAUUUCUCCUUGUUGCUUGUGCAAGAAACUCAUGGAAGGAAAGAGAAACUUGCUUUUUGAUCUUGAGGGUACAUUCUUAAAUUUUUGGUUCCGUUCAUAUCUUUUUUGUGGAAAAUUAAGGGGAAUAUAGCUGCAGUGUUAUAGUUCUUGAACCAAUCUCACAAUGAGUCACCUGGCCCAAUAGAUUCCACUCAUUCAUUUGUAAAAGAACAAGAUGCAUAAAAAGAAAGCUUAACCUCAUUGUCAUGACUACAAAAACAUCAAAACAAAGUGUGUAUAGUUUCAUACUCAAGUUUACCAAUGUAUGGUUGGAGAUUUUUUCCUAUAGAAUGAUUAACUAUUGACUUUCUUAUGUAGCUUAGCAAGCAACGUAUCUACCUCUUGGUUGCCUACUACUGUAAUAAGUGUUGCGUGGAAAAAUGUCACAAGUGACUUUUGAUUAACUGCUAGAUUCUAUGUACUGUUUAAAAAACAAGCAGGAGUGUUUUAGCAGGUUUAAAACCUCGAGGCAAAGUUUGCCUCAAGUUUUUUGACCUAAUAAUACAUAACUGUGAGGUUUUUGAAUGGCUUCCAAAUCUCUGAUACAGAUCAACUCAUUCUUGCACUAAUAGUUAAUUUUUGGGGUUAUUUUGGUCUAAAAAAUAAGCUGAAAGUUUAAGCUGUGUCUUUAUCAGAUAUAGACACUCAUUAAACAUUAAUUCCUUUUGUUUCUUCUUAAUGUAUUAUUAAUUAGUUUUUGAAUUACACAUGACCCUUUUUUCUGAAGUGAAAAGGAAUGGAACAGUGGAUCAAGAGCCACUUACGGCAUUACUCCAUGUAUCCCUUUAUUAUUACAUUAUGACAGUAACCUCUGUCUUGAUGCCUUUGAGACAAACACUCCUGUAAAAUAACCCCUUGUCUUUCUUCAAGUAGUCACCUUCUUUGACUCCCUUUCAGCUGGAUUCCUCUUUAAAAAGAACACUUGGGGUGCGUUCCUCUGGGGUGAUCUGGAUCAAGAUCACUGGGAUCAUGGUACCUCAGGGUGAAUUCAUUGGUAAUUUUGAUGUACUAUGAUUUGAGUGGUCUCAUCUCAAUAGUGUCCCGCUAGCAGAGAGUUGACUUAAAUGGUAUCAAACAUUCUGCUAGGAGAGAUUACAUGUUUUCUAAAAAGAGGCCAAAGUCAAAACCUGACAAAAUUUCAAAGUUUUAUUUUGUAAAAUACGGAAAAAAACUAAUAGUACCAUGUGAACGUGUUGCCGAAGAAGGUUACAUUGAAUGGUCACACCUUCAGAUGCACAGGCUGCAAAGUAAGGACCACUUUACGAGGAUGCAUCAUUCGCUCGGGGUGAAAAGGGUUAAAUGUCCCUUUCAAUGUUUCAAGUAUUGUGGUGGGUAUUUGUUGUAUUUUUAAUGUGCUAGAGAGGAAACGAGGCAUACUCUCUAGAAUAUACUUGAACUAUAGCUACUGCUGUGUAAGUCAUCUCUGCGCUCACAGAAACUUUCCACAAUCGCCAAAAAAUAAAAUACACACUGACACUUUUUUUCUUGAUUAGUGAUAAUUCAUGUAGUUAGUUAAUCUUUGUGGUCAUCCAUGUAAUAUUUUUAGUGAGGAAAGAGAAAUUUAAAAGUCAAUUAAAAUAAUAUUA